AUGGAUACCAAGUUGGAGGCGCGUGGCCAGUUUCCGGCCUCGUUUCCGGACACAUUCAAGAACUUCUUUGCCAUGAUGAACGAAGACGAGGAUCAUGUGGGGCUCUUUGCCAAUCUGCUGGAGGAUAAGGUUAUUCCGCGCCAGAACAGCCCCGUGCAGCCCCAGCGGCAGCGGUACGGUGGCAGCAUGCGGAGUCACAGCGGCGGCGACCGCUCCGAUCGAAGGGGUCGCGCCGAGCGGCAGUACCAGCAGCAGAUCCAGAAUCAUCAUCAUCACCAGCAGCAGCAGCAGCAGCAACAGCAGCAGCAGCAGCAGCAAGGCACCCAACAGCAGCGCGUCUUUCAGUCGCGCAGUCGCAGCGGCAGUGGCAGCAGCGUUGACCUUUAUGCUAAUCGCAAUGUAAGUUUCUCGACCACCACCAACCGGGUCAAUUCAUUGCGGAGGAAUCGCUCGCGAGGAUCGCUGACCACUCUGAGCAGCAAUGGCUUAAAUGCCCUGGGCCUGGGACCCGUGACCCUUGCACCGAAUGUCAGCUCGAGCAGCAGCGGCAGCGUCCUGGACUUGACCUUGCCGGGUGGUACUGGCACUGGGACUGGUGACGGAGGUGGCGGAGGUGGAUGCGGUGGCCAGAACGUGCAUCCUUCGCCCGCUAAGUCGAACCUGAAGCCCGCUCUGAAGGCGACCAACUCGUCGGUGGACCGUGGAUGCGCACUCUUCGUUGGAAUCGAUGGUGAAUUUCAUUGCGGUGACAUCAAGUACUGUUCCCUGCACCAUGACAAUUCCGCAGAUGGCAUCCACCAACUCCAGCAGCAGCUCAAGAAUCAGCAACUCGGUUCUGGACAGAAACACGUGACUAUGGCCUGUUGCGAGUGCGUUUGCGGCAGUGGCAAGGCUGCCCGUUCCGGACCCGAUGGCGAGGACAAUUGUGGUGCGAACUACCUGAAGGGCUAUUCUGGCGGAUACAUGCUACCACCGACGCCCAAGGGGAAGUCCAUCGACAAGACGAGCAACUUCACUUCCGCCGAGCUGGCAGCAUCGAAGAAUAAGGAUCUGCAGGAGCGACAGGAGCGGCAGGAGAAACGUGGGUCGGUCAUCCUCGAAAGGGCCUUCGAUUUCGAUGCCAGCUGCGACGAAAGCGACAGCAUAAGCAGCAGCACCCACAAUCCCGUGCCCUCGCCGGCUCCACACCAGCUGGCCUACAAUGUCCUCAAGCCGAUCCUCAAGCAGCCGCAGCAGCAGCAGCAGAAGGCAAUGUUGCAGCCGCAACAUCAACAGGUAAAUGUACAGCAACAUCAAGGAGUUACGCAGCUGCAAUAUCAACAGGUGACGCAUCAGCAACUGGGCAACCAGCAGCAUCAAGUGGUGACCCAUCAGCCCCACCAACAGGUAACCCACCAGCAACAUCCAGGAGGAGGUGCCCACCAGCAGCACCAAGUGGUUGCCCAUCAGGCACACCCCCACACGCAGGUUAGCCACCAGCAGCCCGUGCUGCAGGUUCAGCUCCCGACCCCCGGGGUGCACGUGGUGCACCGCCUGCUGCCCACACCGCCCACCCACAGUGGAAAGGGGGCGUACCACACGCGUGAGGCGGCCUUGCAGCGGGUGCAACAGCAGAGCGGCUAUUACAACCAGGGGCCGAGCACCUCGGCAUCUGCCUACGGCUAUAACCAGGCCAUGGAGCAACAGCAGAUGCAGCAGCAGCUGCACUACGAUCCGCACCAGGAGCUGCAGUUCGAGCAGCAUCAGCCGCACCAGUCGCAUCAGCAACAUCAGCAGCAGCAGCUGCAGCAUCAGCAGCAGCAGCAACAUCAGCAGCAGCAGCAACAUCAGCAGCAGCAACAUCAGCAGCAACAACAUCAGCAGCAACAUCAGCAGCAGCAGCAGCAGCUGCAACAGCAACAUCAGCAACAGCAACAGCUGCAGCAUCAGCAGCAGCAUCAGCAGCAACAUCAGCUGCAGCAUCAGCAGUACGCGGAUGACACCGAGCUUGAUUACGAUACGGAGUGGGAGUUGGAUGAGGAACCUGCUCCUCAGAUUGUGCCGCCACUCACCACCUUCAACGAUUUCGUCAACGCGGCUCAAAAUCCAACUGGCAGUCGUCAGAGUCUGCGGGCCCAGAAGUCGCCGAUUUUGAACAGGCGUCGCGCCUCAUCCAUAGCCGGAAAUCUUUUGCAUUCGGAUUACACGUACACCCGGAAUAGCAUCGGUGGAGCUCCGAUCGACUCCAACGACUUUCAGCGCAUUUCGCAUAGCAGCAGUGCCAGGGAUCGCAUGUCACUAGCCGGAGUCCUGACCUUUCAGCAGGCCAUGUCCGGAGCUGUGUCACCGCAGUAUGGCACAGUGGGAUCGCUGAAUCCCCAGCCACCCGCUACUGGUGAAGCCGGGAAGCCGGGAAUUGUGGGAUCCGAUGGCAUUGGCGGUGGCGGAUCUUCACACAACUUAAAUUUGACGGUGGGCCUGGGGUUUCUCGGUGGUUCCAGCACCACUUUGGCUGCUGUCGCCGAGGUGACUAGUGGACCGGAUGGCAAUGGCGACUCCACCGACUCCCCGUCCCCGGUCUCCAUGAUUCCCACCAAUCAGCAAAAGCAGCAGCAGCAGCUGUUGCAGUUGCAGCUACAGCAGGAGCAACAGCAUCUGCCCACGCAUUUGCCCAUGAAGCGGGAACGAGGCGUGGGCGAGUCCUCGGGGGCCAGCACAUCCGGCACCGCCAUCGCCGAACUGGCCUCCUCCGUCGUCCUGGCCACCCAGUCCGGCAAGCCGAUGACGGAGCGACAACGCUUAAGGACAUCCAGCAUGCCGGCGGAAAGUCGAAGGCCCCGUCUGGCGGAGAUGCGACGCUCGGCCAUCCAUGCCGGUGAUCCGGACAUGACCUACUACCGUCUGCGGAGCUUCAGCAUCACCUCCCAUGGCAUCUGCAACUUGGGCGAUUCCCUGAGAAGCCGCAGGUCACGUUCGAUCAACUCCGUGACUUCCACCGGCACCUCAAACAGCGGCGUGGAUCGACACAAUAGCAACGCAUCGGGGGCAUCGGGCGAAGUCAUCGACGGGGAUCCCAAUGUUCCGGCCUACAAAAUUGCCAUGCUCGGCGCCUCCGGAGUGGGCAAGACCACCCUGACUUACCAGUUCACCACUUCCGAUUACAUAUGCGCCUACGACCUGAGUCUCGAUGAUGACUACGGACAGAAGACGGUGUCGGUGCUGGUCGAUAACAUUGAGACGGACUUGGAGAUUAUUGAUCAUCCCGCAUGCGAGAUGUCGACGGAGGCCUUCUGCGCCACCUACAACAUCGACCUCUUCGUGGUGGUCUACUCUGUGAUAGAUCGAAACACUUUCGCAGCAGCCGAGCGUGUCCUGCAGUAUCUCAAGGAGAACGAGAUGCUCUUGUCCCGCGGAGCCAUCCUGGUGGCCAACAAAACGGAUCUGCAGCGACACCGAGUUGUCACCCGUCAGAUGGGUCGCAAGGUGGCCAAGGAAAUAGCGUGCAAGUUUAUCGAGACGUCCUCGGGACUGGAUCACAAUGUGGACGAGCUGCUGGUCGGCAUCGUGGCCCAGGUGAAACUCAAUCCGCAGCGUUUGCGAUUGCUAACGGAAUUGGAGCUGCAGCGCCUGAAUCUCCAGAGUACCAUCCAAAAGCACCGUGGAAUGCACCUGCAGACGCGUCGGAUGGUCCGCCAAAUGAGCGUGUGCCAGGGCGACGGGGAGAUCUUCGAUGGCGGAUUGCCGGAGGGGCUGCAGAACGGCGAGGCCAACGACGAUCCGGACGGAGUGCCUAGCACAUCGAAGGCCGGACGGUCGCGGAUCGAGAAUCCCAACCGCAAGCCCUUAAACCUGGAAAGCAUAUUGAAGAUGGGCGAAAGCGAGGUGGACGAGGACGAGGAUGUGGUCAAGUCGUCGCAGCUGAGCAAGUUCAAUAUGCUGGCGGCCUCCAUACGUCAUCGUCGUCCAUUCCGCAAGCGUCGCUCGUUCGACGGCGGCGUUUCCACGUCUGCAGCCGCGGAUGCAGCCGCCGAACUGCAGCGGCGUUAUCAGCUCCGGGCCAUGGAUGAUCUGCAGCUGGAGGGACGGCUGGCAGGAGCGACGGAGGAGCGCUUCGGGGAGAGAAGUGGACUGGCCGACAGCGAUGACGAGGAGGACGGUGAGGACACAGUGGAUGGAGGACACCGCAAUGCCUGCAACCGGAAGGUGGUCAAGAAACUAACCGCCCGCACCAAGGUAUUCAUCUCGUCGGUACUGCGCUUCAAGAAGGCCAUCAGCCUCAAGCGGCGCAACUCCUCCAGCUGCAGCGAUCUCUUCGUGAUCUAAACGGUUGGCGGCGGCGGCAUAGGAAGUAGGAAGCAUAGGAAGCAUAGACUGAAUGUACAUAAACGGAGUAUAGAAGGAGGCGAAGUGGGAGCAUAGAAAUGGAAGCGGAAGCGGAAACGGAACCGGAACCGGAACCGGAACCAUCCAGACCAGGAGAUCCAGAGACCAAAACAGGCAGGCAGGCAGGCACAACGAAACAGCAGCGCAAACCGAGGUGGAGUCGAACACGGAAGUGCAGGAGUAAAGGAGGUCAACUUAUGAGGAAGUUUCCAGUUGCAUAUUCCACAAAAACUACAGGGACAUUUUCCGUUUCAUUGGCCAACGGACGUUUGCAGAUUCAGAGCUAUAGAUUUUGCACUUUUUGAUGGCAACUGCAACUCGUCGGGCGAAGGCAAGCAAUAUGAAAUUCUGGGCCAAACAGAUUUCUAGAAAUUUAUAAUCACUUGAAAUGGCAUUUAAAAGAGUGGUCUAGUUAACCAUGGCCGUGCGACUUGCGGACUGAAAAUAUAUUGUAGACAACCUUUGGAAACGUAUGUAAGUGAUAUUAAGCAUCUAGAAAGUUUUGAACAGGCGAAUAUAACAUAACAUUAAAAAGCAAAAGACAUACCCUUUUACCACGAACCCAGCCGGUAGGUGGCGCUGCAAAUGCGGACAAUAAUUUUCUUACCAAAAAUAUUGAUCAGCAAAUUUUACAAAAUCGAAAAUCCAAAAUCGAAAAACAAAGGGUUAAGCACGUUUUAUGCAAAUGCAAAAUGCAAAAUCGAAUCCUAUCCGCUUGAAAACAAAAUGAAAAAUGCAGCUAAAAUGAAAAAAAAAGGAAAACAUAAACAAACUUCGGCUUUGUUUGAGUGGCACAUACAUACAUACUCGAGGAAACAGGAAAAACCGCAAUUGCAAUAUACAUACAUAUGUAGAGAAACAGGGCAAGGAAUUGCACUCUAUUUUGUUAUGUCGUUUUUGUGGUUUCUAGUUAUGAUUAAUCGCGUGGUUUCUGACCAGUUUCAAACAAAUAAUGAAUUGACUUUAUAACAUAAUGCAUAUAUUGAGUAAUAUGGUGCAAUUAUGCAUUUUUUUUUUCAACCAAUGAACAUGACAUAUGAUGUAUGUAGACAGGAAUUCUGGCAAACAAAUGAAAGCCAAAAAGAGCAGUAUGAAAUAGUCCAAACCCUUUUUUUUUUAGAGUGGCAAGCAUAUUAAUGAAAUCGAUUUCAUAAUGUCAAUGGUCCAACUUAAUGGCUCAACUAUUAAAACAUUUUAAACAUUAUUGUAAACAAUUAAAAACCCUAUUUUACAUUUACCCUCUUUUGUGAUAAUCUUAUAGUUGCUUAUUUACCAAAAAAGACAAAAAAAAAAAAAAACAACCUUCCACCAACAAUUUAGGUAUUAAUAUAUUUUUCCUAUAUUAACUGCAAUUUACAAUAAAGCAAUGUGAGAGCUUUUUGUAAGAUGCGCACCCUUGGAACUGCUGCUCGUUUGGCUAUUGCUGAACUAUAAAUAUACAUAUGCACAUCUAUUGAUACAUGAAAAAAAAUAAUUGUCUAGCGCCGAGUUUUUAAGAAAAAAAAUGUUUUUUUUGCGCGUCUUUGAUCCAGAAUAGGCAAAUAAGUAUUUUACACUUCUAAAUGUCGUGUGGUAAGAAUACCGAAAAUACACUGAAACCACUGAAAGCACUACAUAAAGUACAUAAAAA